AGUGACUUGCCAGAGAUCACACAGGCACUUGGUGACAAAGUCAGUGUGAGAAUCCGGGUCCCACGUGGGCCUCCAGCUCUUUUCACAUCCACCUGGAACCUCGGGCUUAACCGUCCCCUCUGAAGGGCCACGCAAGACCCAUGGUCUCUCCAGGCCUUCCUCCUAGACCACAAUCCCCAUCCUGGGCACUCCUCUCCCUUGAAAUUCCUCCAGAUGACGAGUCUUUCUGCUGCAGCUCAGAAGUGAAAAUGAGAUUUCCCCGAGCAAUAAUUCAUUGUUCAUUGCCCACUGGCUGAUCCUUCUCACCUAGGCUUAUUUUCAAACAUCCAAACUUUGUUAUUGAAGAGAUGGCCGGUUUGUCAGUCUCUGCCAUGAAGGAGAAUAAGAAGAAGAGCAAGAAGAAGGAGGAGGAGAAUGGGAAGAGGAAGAGGAAGAAGAAGAGGAAGAGGAAGAAGAAGAAGAAAUGAGCAAUUUUGCUAAUUUGUUGUUCACUCAUCCAUCCCCCUUUGGUUGGGGUCCUCCCACGUGCCGGGAGCUGUGCAGGGUGCAGGGAACAGGAAGAUGAACGAGACAGUACUUGCUCUCCAGAAGUUCACAGUCUGGCCGAGAAGACCAGUUAAUUAAUGAUCACACGGAGGGUGGUCAAUGCUACCCCAGAGAGAUUGACAGGUUCGCUGGGAGUACAUAGCAUCUUCCAGUUCAUCCUUUAAGACAUGGUAGAAAAGUUACUUCCUCUAUGAAAGUUUUCUGCAGGGCUAAUCUUUUCCAUCUUAAUGCUCCCACAUCACCUUGUGUGGACUAUCAUAUCACUUAUCACAUUUUACUGUAAUUAUCUCUUUGCCCAGCUUACUCCUCUGCUAUCUUACGUUUGCUCAUCAGGAACCAUUUUUUUUCAAAGCCAGUACUUAGGAGAUGGAAACUCUCAGUAAGUACUAACUGAAUGAGAAUGAGUGAAUGUUAGAAGGAGCACGGUGUAUUUGGGGACCAACUUUGAUGGUGGUGAGAAGGACAAAGUGAGAGAAGCCUUGUAGCGAGGGCAGAGCCACGGGAAGAAAGUGUCAAGCACACUUGCAUGUUCAAUGCAUUCUCUUUCCUGUCACCUGGGGCUUCUCCUACCCCCCACCCCCAUGUUUCCGUUCAAAUCUGGGAGGGUUUGGGUUUGCUUUUUAUCACAGAGGUCAUUUCCCUUUCAAAUCUGGAGGACUUUGGCUGGCCGUGCAUGAAAACCACACUUUCCACAUGAUGUCGUCGAAGCCCUCCCGCUCCCGAGGAAGGAAGCUUGAGACCUUCUGAAAAUGAGGAAGGAGCUCUAUUCACAAUAGCCAAGACAUGGAAACAACCAAAAUGCCCAUCAGUCGAGGACUGGAUGAAGAAACUGUGAAAGAAAACAACAACAAAAAAGUCUGCUGUUCUGGCCCCACCUGCGUGGAGUACAAAAAAAAGCUGUAUUUCAUCAAUACCCAAAUUUGGAUGCUGGAUCAGCAACAGCCUGGGGAGGAGCUUAUGCCAAAGGAUGCCAGUGGGAAAAUUAUUUUAGAGACAGCGGACUUGCGUGACACAUGGGAGGCCCUGGAGAAGUAUAAGGACGCAGGUCUGACCAAGUCCAUUGGCGUGUCCAACUUCAAUUCCAAGCAGCUGGGGAUGAUCCUGAACAAGCCAGGGCUCAAGGACAAGCCCGUCUGCAACCAAUGCCGUUGGUCACCACCCUUAUUAUCCGUUUGCUGAAGAAUAUUGACUGUGAACUAUCCACCAUGAGUUCUACCAAUCUCUUGCUUCAGGUGUGUGGAGAGUAUUUCUGCGCUUGGCAGAGGUGAUUAAAAGCAGUCCUGUAGCUUCUGGCUUCU